AUGGACGUGGCCGACAACGGGCGAUUCUCGCGGACCAAGCAAGGACAGUUCGACGGUGGAUUUGGGCGCGGAUUGCACACCCAGAAGCGCGCUGCUGGCGAUGCGGAGAUCGGGAUCAGUGAUGUUGACGGGAGCAAGCAGACCAGGGCUGCGGCGCGGUACCUACCAACUCAAAACCCUAAGCUCUCCGAUCGAGAGCAGGGGGUGUUGGGGGGCAAGAAAAUGAACACUGAUGCAAAAGUCGACAAUAACGAGUGA